AUAUGGAUACGUUCAAUACGUUAUGCAUGCGUCCAAUAUAUUAAUACUGUUGACUUGUCGAUUCUUUUGCGGGGGCAUAUGACUACGUGUUGACAAAACUUUAUUAUUUCUUAUACGCUAGAUUUGAGAUUCUCUAAAACGUCAUUUUGUGACUGCACCAUAAAUGGCAGCAAUCAGCCACCGUAGUUAAGACCUGCAUCAUUAGAAAUUCAUCAAACAGCUCGUAAAUUAAACACACUGAAGAUAACUCAACACAAUGAAUCCAAGUAGAUAUUUGCUGAUUUCUGUGCUUUCAAGCUGCUUCAUGAUUGGAAGUAUUGCCAAAAGUAUGGUGAAAAGACAAGCACCAACGUUCACCAAUGGUAACGAGGUAGGCAUUGUCGGCGCGCAUCAGAUUACGGAGGCAUCCGGUCUGGCGGCGAGCCGGAAACAUCCUGGUACCCUGUACACACACAACGACCACGGACAUCCGUCGAAAAUUUACGCCAUAAGUUCGACGGGUGAUCUGUUGGCCACCUUCGACAUCACUGGGGUAACCAACAAUGACUGGGAAGACAUCGCACUCGGGGUUUGUGCACCAGGCAGCAGACAAUACUGCAUCUACGUAGGGGAUUUCGGCAACAGUGGGCAUGGCGCUUUAAACAACGUGUUCCGGUUCCGGGAGCCGGACAAUUUGGUUGACCAGUCCAUAGUUGUAUCACAGACAGACAAACUCAUGUUCACGUGGAGCGAGCCGGACGCUGAGACACUUAUGGUGGACCCAGAUGGAAAUACAUACAUCAUCGCCAAGGGCCACGCAGGACACAGGACCAUAGCUCAGCUUCCAAUGUCGGCCUGGGGAGCGGGGUCACGUGUGUCCGUGACGUCAUCAGCUCAGUUGAACAUUGACUCCACCCAAAAUGACCCAGUGGGCGGAGAUAUCUCGCUUGACGGGAACGCCAUUCUUAUCAAGACACACGAGGCGAUCUACUACUGGGACGCCAGCCGUAGUCAUGACUACAUUGCCUUGUUACAACAGCCGGGAGAUAAGGUUCCAUAUAUCCAUGAACACCAGGGCGAGUCUGUAUGUUGGGACGCCACAGACAGCGGCUACUACACCCUUGGUGAGGGAAAGAAUGAACCGCUUUACCACUACGUCCGUGUAUGAAUACGGACAUCAUACGUUGCUAUGAAACCAUAACUACUUUCUGAUGUGAAUGAAGCAAUAAAUGAUUGUUUGGUUUAAA